UGACUAACAGGAAAGGAAAACCACAACAGCAGAAAAACAUGAGAGCAGCGCGCUCGGGCUUAUUGACCUGAGAACUUUACGGAAACCACUCUUUAAAUAUACAUCCUGUGUCGCACACACUCACCCCGUGUCCCAGACGAGCUGCUGGAAACUGAAGCAGACAUUUGUUGGAUCAAACCUUCCUCUCCCUCCAUGUGGCUCUCGACUUUUCUCCACUCGUCAGGAUGGAUCACAGUGGCCCUGGUUUUAUCUCUGGGGUCGUGCCAUCCAGUGCAACCAUCAGAGCAGUCGAUACAGCUGCUUUUGGAUCACCUAAGUCUAACAAACCCAAGUCUGCGAUUUAACUGGAGGAAUAUAACCUGUCCUAUGUGUAAAAUAAUGUUCACCAUUCUUGACAUAGCCCUUCUGGACAGUGUGAAUGAAGAGCGCGUGGCUCAUGUUUUGGCGGAGGCUUGUAUCCGGAUGCACUUGGCAGAAGAGAGGGUGUGUCGUAACAUAACUGAACUCUUCAGAGAUGAUGUCAUUUGGGCACUGCAGAAGUCACUGCUGUGGCCCAGUGAAGCCUGUGCUCUGUUAGUGGGACCCUCUUGUGGUAAAUUUGACCUUUAUGCUCCAUGGAACAUCACCCUGCCCAAAGUCCCGAAGCCUCCCGUCAUUCCUCCAUCAGCUCCUGCUGCAGGCUCGCCUCAGAACAGGGUCCUGUUUUUGACAGACAUCCACUGGGACCAGGAGUAUGCUGAGGGAAGUGCUGCAGACUGCAAAGAUCCUCUCUGCUGUCGAAAUGACUCUGGCACCCCGAGCUGGCGCCGGAGGGAGGCGGGGUACUGGGGCACCUACAGUAAGUGUGACCUGCCCCUGCGAACUGUGGAGCACCUCCUGCAGCACGUGGCCAAGAGCGGUCCGUGGGACUGGGUCUACUGGACCGGAGACAUCCCAGCCCAUAAUGUUUGGGCCCAGACCAGAGCGCAGCAGCUGUCUGAACUUACCGUCAUCACCAGGCUCAUCCACAAACACCUGGGUCCAAAUGUGACAGUUUACCCUGCUAUAGGAAACCAUGAGAGUACACCAGUGAACAGCUUUCCUCCACCUUCUGAACAUGGUAACAGGUCUUCAGCGUGGCUCUAUAACACUAUGGCAGAGGAGUGGGCCCCCUGGCUCCCAGAACAGGCUUUGAAGACUUUAAGAUAUGGUGGAUUUUACACACUCCAGAUUCAGCCUGGUUUGAGAUUGGUGUCUCUGAACAUGAACUAUUGCGCUCGAGAGAACUUCUGGCUCAUGGUGAACUCCACGGAUCCGGCCAAUCAGCUACAAUGGCUCGUACAAGUUCUCCAAGCAAGUGAGGACAAGGGAGAGAAGGUACAUAUAAUCGGUCACAUCCCUCCUGGUUUGUGUCUCGGCAGCUGGAGUUGGAACUACUAUCAUAUUGUCAACAGAUAUGAAGGCACAAUUGCUGGUCAGUUUUUUGGGCAUACACACACCGACGAAUUUCAGAUGUUUUAUGAUGAGGAAACCCUGACCCGCCCUCUCAGCGUUGCCUUUGUGGCUCCAAGUGUCACCACUUAUGUCAAUCUAAACCCAGGUUACCGGGUUUAUGUUGUGGAUGGGAACUACUCCAACAGCUCAAGAAUGGUGCUUGAUCAUGAAACCUACAUUCUGAAUCUGACAGAAGCCAACCAUGGCCCAGCAUCACAGAGCCCCGACCCAAACCCAAAAUGGAGCCUCCUGUACCGGGCCACAGAGGCCUAUGGGUUGCCCAGCCUGUUUCCCUCUGACAUGGAUGGGCUCCUACAGACCUUCUACAAGGAUGAUACAAUAUUUCAGAAGUUUUGGUUUUUAAGAUCCAAAGGUCAUGUGUCUGAGCAAUGCAAAGAGACGUGUAAAACAACCACACUGUGCUUUUUACAAAGUGGACGCUACGACAUACUGGAGCAGUGCUCUCACCGCCACGGUUAUGGAGAUAACUUGGCCCGUGCAGCCAGAUCCACUCUGUGUUGACAAAGGCCUUAGAGACAAAAUGAACAGAAGCACUUGUGACCUAAGAUGAAUUAAAGUCUAUCCAUAAUUUUUGGCUCCUAUUAUCAGUUUCUGCAAUUGCCAAAGAAAUUGUAGUGGAGUCUAUUCACAAGCCUCAUAUUUGACCAUUUGUCUUACAUUACUGUAUGCAAAGUGUUGAUGACUGUUUGACUGUAAGUUUAGUAGAUAAAAAGGGUAAUGAUCAAC